UGUGCGUGUGGCGGGCCCCUCCCCAGUGGCGCGGUUUGUGCGGAUGGACGGAGACGGCGCACACCUGCAACUGAGCAGCGUCGGGGGCCGGAGAGAUGUUUGAGAACUUUAAGGAGCGGCUGCUGAGCGCGCAGCAGGAUCUGAGCAGCGGUUUAAAGACGCUAAGUGACAGAUCUAAAGAAGUAAAAAUUAAGAAGUCAAGAAGCGCAGAUGAUUUGCAGAAGUUUUCUGCAGGAGCUGAGUUAUUAAACAGGUAUGAGAAUACGUGGGCAGCCCUUCAUAAACGAGCUGAGGACUGUGCUAAAGCUGGAGAGGUAGUAGAUGGCAAAGUGGUGGUCCUAUCUGCAUACUGGGAAAAGAAAAAGAAUCACUUAAUGGAACUGCAGGAACAACUCCAAGAAAUCCCAGCAUUAUUAGCAGGCCUGGAUGCCCUGACAACCAAACUUGCUCAGUUAGAAGAAGAGUUUGAAGAUCUGGAAGGACACUUGUUGUAUUUGGAAGAUAUCUGUGAACAAUGUGAUAUUGAGCGUUAUAAGCAAUUACAAACUCUGCAGCUGGAGAACUACAAGAAGCAAAAGAGGAAAACGAUUGAAGCUUUGAAAGGUAAGCUGGAUGAAGAAUAUGCUCAGAAAGUGCAAGAUAUGGAGAACACACAGCAGCAGAAAUUGAAGGAGCGGCAGAAGUUUUUUGAAGAGGCCUUUCAGCAGGACCUGGAGCAGUACCUGUCUACAGGAUAUUUGCAGAUAGCACAGAGGAGAGAGCCCAUUGGAAGCAUGUCCUCAAUGGAGGUUAAUGUGGACAUGCUGGAGCAGAUGGACUUAAUGGAUGUAUCUGAUCAGGAAGCACUGGAUGUAUUCCUCAACUCAAGUGGAGAAGACAAUAAUCAAAGUUCACCAGUAUUAGGGUCCGAGUCUGAGCCAUAUCAAAGUGAAAUAACGCUGCAAGUGCCAAGCCAAGCUGAGCUACGGUUAAAAUUAUCCUCUCUCUCUUCCACCUCUGCUGAUUCUGCCAGCCACAGUGCAAGUGAAAAUAACACACCUCUCGUCCAGUCUGAUGAAGAGGAAGUUCAAAUAGAUACCUGUCUGGUUGCAAUCAACUCAAAUCCAAAAGAGAACUCUGACAGUGACUCUCAGUAACAUUAGAGACUAUUUCACAUGGGUUGUCGAAAAUUAACUGAAUAAUACAGAAUGACGAAUCUACUGUGAGAAAGAUUUAACAAAGCUAAUUCAGAACGUUUUACCUUUUCUAAUUUGAAUAAGCAAAUUCCUAUUACCCAGUGCCCUUGAAGAUUAACAUGGGUAAUUAUACAUAUAUACAUACUAUAUCCAGUUAUAACUGAUUACCUGUUUUCUUCAAGUACAAAGCUCAUUUUCUAAGGCUUGACUAAUGAUUUCUCCCCUAUUCCUGUUCAACAUAUUUCAGUUAUGCAUUCUCAAUGUACAUAUUGUACAAGAGAUAAUACUAGUUGCCUGCUUGAGUGUUCCACCCCCCUACUAAAUAGUUUAGAACUAAUUGUUAGAAUUCUGACUAAAAAUGUUGUGCACUUUAACAUUCAGU